AUGUCUCUCACAGUACUCACGGACGAGCAGAUAAGGCUGCUCCUCGAGUCCCUGACAGGGGAUGAGCUCGAGUCCUUCAUUGUGAACCUCAAGGGCGCGCUUCACGAUUACUCAAACGGGUCUCAGGUUCCCGGCGGCGAGUCCGAUAUCCACCAGCCUCACAGGCAGAGCGUCCACUCCUCAAGGACAGGCGCCACGACCCUGUUCAUGCCCUCGAGCAGCCCAGCCGGCGUGGGCGUCAAAGUCAUCACCCUCUCACCACCCCGGCCAAAACACGACGAGGGCGGCGAUGGAGGGGAAGCCGGGGGGAGGCCCAAGAUCAAGCCCACGGGCGCCAUCACCCUCUUCUCCGAGGCGGGCCAGCCCGUCGGGCUCCUGCACGCCUCCACCCUGACGGCCUUCCGGACCGCCCUCGCCUCCGCCUGCCUCGUCGUCCGCCGCAACCGCAUCCACACCAUCACGGCCUUUGGCGCCGGCGACCAGGCCUACUGGCACAUACGCCUCGCCCUCAUGCUGCGCGGGCCCACCAUCCGCCAGGUCAACGUCAUCAACCGCCGCUUCUCCGAGUCGUGCAAGCUCAUCCUGAAGCGGCUGUACGCCGUGCCCAGCGCCGUCAAGGAGCGCGAGGGCUGGCAGGACGCGCAGUUUGGCAUCCUCACGCCCGGGUACGGCGAGUUCGACCGCCUGCUCAAGGAGCAGGUCCGCGCAGCCGAUGUCAUCUUCUGCUGCACGCCUAGCAAGGAGCCGCUGUUUGACCACACCUUCCUCACCAACGGCGAUGGCCGCCGCAAGGGCCGCCUCAUCAUCGCCAUCGGUAGCUACACGCCUGACAUGAUUGAGAUCCCCCUCGAGGUGGUAAACCAGGCCGUCAAGAAACAUGAGGGCCACAGGCAUUUCCACAAGCAUGCCACCGAGGGCGGCGUCAUCAUCGUAGAUACCCUGGAUGGCGCACUGCAGGAGGCCGGCGAGGUCAUCCAGGGCGGGUUAACACCCAAGCAGCUUAUCGAGCUGGGCGAACUCGUAAUGCUCCACCGCAUCAAGAUGGAUGAGGAGUCCUCCUCAGACGACACGGGCAGCCUCAUCUCCAGCAGCGGCGCGAGCACAGCGCCGUCCUCAGAAUUCGACAAGCUAGACCUUAGCUCGGGGCCAUCCAUGUCCUCAGUCUACAACAGCAGCGCCACAACGCUCGCCGACGACGCAGACGGCAGCCGGCCGCCCAGCCGGCCCGGCUCGCUGUUCCACCGGCGCAAGGGGAGCAGCAGCACCAACAGCUCGGGCGACGCCGUGUCCAAGAAGAAGAAGGAGCGCGAGGACCACAUGUGCCGCUGGCUCCAGGCCGGCAACGUCAUCUACAAGAGCGUCGGCCUGGGGCUGAUGGACCUGACCGUCGGCAUGAAGGUUGUUGAGUUUGCCCGGGAAAAGGGGAUCGGCGCGCAUGUGCCUGGGUUCUAG